AUGGCUACAUCAAUUGCACCGCGCUGGGCCACAACAGCUUCUGGCAGAUGCCUUAAGCUGGACUCAACCCAUAUGGCCAGCCGGCGCGGCAUAGCAACAAAUCCGAACGACACGCGUAGUGGCCCGCCAAAGGCCAGUGCGCUGUCAAAAUCGCGGCGACUGGUGACCAGUGCACGCAUCCUGCCUGGCGGGUUUGAGAGAACCCGCGCUAUUCCACGGUGCGAGCCGUAUCCCACGACACACCACGGCGGGCAGUUCCCAUGGCUGCUGAGCGCCGAGCGGCAGCGCAUCCCCGAAGACGACCUGGAGGGCACCAGCAUUGUGCCUUGGGGGGUGCGACAGACACUAGCGCACUCGCUGAAUGAGUGGGUCGCGCAGAUGGUGCUGGGCAAGCAGGCCUUGGAUGACGUGUGCGUUGGCGCACGGCAUGCAUUGCCGCAUGUAGCCCAGACACUGUCUGAGGUGGGACGCGGGGGCGUGGCGCACGGGCUGGACACAAUGUUUACGCCUGGGCUGCGUGACCGGUUUGCGAGCGAGCUGGAGAAGCUGCGCGCAGCGGGAAUCGAGCUGAGCCUGGAGGUGAGCAAGAUCUCAAGCGCCAGCGUGUGCGGGAUCCGCACGCAGGUGGGGCCGAGCCGGGCGUUCGGGUACGGCGAGUCGGCGAGUCUGAGCGCGGGCGUGGCGCGGCAUGCAUACAAGGUGCGGCGGUUUCUGGGUAUAGCGCAUGCAGUGCCGGCUGACUCGGAAACAGAAGCGCUGCGGCGGUAUGCGAGCGUGUGGGAUGCACUGCAGGGGACUGUACCGGUCAGGGUGCGCGUGGAUGUGGAGAUUGCAAGCCGGAUGCGGUAUCGGCUCGUCGACUCGCACCAGAAGUCGUCCCAGCACGAGCUGCUGGCGGACGUGCAGCGCACAACGAUUGUGGACGACGAUGCCGAGCGCAACGUGGUGCUGACGCUCGAGUCGAAUAGCAUUGCGCGCGGCGACCGGCUCGUCUGGAAGGUGGCUGACAUUGACUACUUGCUGUCGAGCGAGCGCCGGAUCCACAAGGAGCUGGCCGAGGCGACAAAGUAG